GCCAAACUAUUAGCGGUAAAAGAGAGGAGCUCUGUCUCUGCUCAAUCAAUGAAUUCACUUCUCUUAUAAUUAAAAAAAAAAACCACAAAAAAUCAAAGUAUCUGAUCUCCAUUUCUCCUUUAAAUCCAAUCAAAUGAGAAGAAGAUUAGGACACCACAGGCAACACGGAAAGCAAGGAGGAGUAGGAGGAAGAGGGUUAUUAUUGAAACUAUUGAUAGCAGUUUCUGUUGUUCUCUUGAUCUGCACUCUUUCUUUACUCUUUUCCGCUACUACUACUGCAACUAACGGAUCCAACGCUCCAUCUGAGAUAAAUGUAGAAAAACUAUGGGAAAGUGCGAAUUCGGGUGGUUGGAGGCCAUCAUCUUCUCCACGAACUGAUUGGCCAUCUCCUCCAAAAGAGACCAAGGGGUAUCUUCGUGUUCGCUGUAAUGGUGGUUUGAAUCAGCAAAGAACCGCGAUUUGUAAUGCUGUUCUUGCUGCAAGAAUCAUGAACGCUACACUUGUUUUGCCUGAGUUGGACGCAAACUCCUUCUGGCAUGAUGACAGUGGAUUCCAUGGCAUCUAUGAUGCUGAACAUUUUAUCCAGUCACUGAGAUUUGAUGUACGAAUUGUGGAAAGAAUACCAGAAAUUCAUAAAAAUGGGAAAACUAAAAAGAUAAAGGCUUUUCAGCUGCGGCCCCCAAGAGAUGCUCCUAUUAGUUGGUAUACAACUGAAGCUCUGGAGAAAAUGAAGGAACAUGGAGCCAUCUAUCUAACUCCAUUUUCACAUCGUUUAGCUGAAGAAAUUGACAACCCCGAGUACCAGCGGUUGAGGUGCAGAGUCAACUAUCAUGCUCUAAGAUUUAAACCACACAUUAUGAAGUUAAGCGAGUCAAUAGUUGAUAAACUACGUUCGCAAGGUCGCUUCAUGGCAAUACACCUUCGUUUUGAGAUGGACAUGCUGGCAUUUGCCGGGUGCUUUGAUAUAUUUAGCUCUACAGAGCAAAAAAUAUUGAAGAAGUAUCGGAUGGAAAAUUUUGCCAAGAAAACACUAAUUUAUAAAGAAAGAAGGGCGAUUGGAAAAUGUCCACUUACUCCAGAAGAGGUUGGUCUUCUUCUACGUGCAAUGGGGUUCAACAAUUCCACCAGGAUGUACCUAGCAGCUGGUGAACUGUUUGGUGGAGAGCACUUUAUGAAACCAUUUAGGGCCCUUUUCCCUCACCUUGAAAAUCACAGUUCUGUGGAUUCUAGUGAGGAGCUAGCCGCAAAUGCUCGGGGAUUGAUAGGCUCUGCUGUGGAUUACAUGGUUUGUCUUCUUGCCGACAUAUUUAUGCCAACUUAUGAUGGGCCAAGCAACUUUGCCAACAAUCUCUUGGGUCACCGCCUGUAUUAUGGCUUUCGAACAAAUAUAAGACCUGACAGAAAAGGUCUUGCCCCAGUUUUUACUGCUCGAGAAGAGGGACAGACAGCUAGUUUUGAAGAAGCAGUUAGACGUGUCAUGCUCAAAACAAACUUUGGUGGCCCUCACGAACGGAUCUCACCUGAAUCAUUUUAUACGAAUGCUUGGCCUGAAUGUUUCUGUCAAGUAGAAACACAGAAUCCUGAUGAUAAAUGCCCAUCAGAGAAUGUCAUGCAAAUGUUGCAUAGCCAGUUAGAGAGUGAAAACAUGGACUCAGAAAUAUACAACCAAUCAGAUUCAGUAGUUUCUUUGGCAGAAAGAUAAGAAUCGUCUGGUAGAUUUUUAGUUGUUACUCUUUUCCCAGUACGGAACAUGUGCAACAAGUUGGAACUAGGGUUUCUCUCAACUAUAUUGGGUCUUUCAGGUUCAUGCUUCUUGGGUUUGGGUUACAUUGAUUCAUUACAGAGGAAGAAGGCACAUUAUCAACCAAUAUCUUCGUCAAUCACAUGGGUCCAAUAGAUUUCUGCAGCUUGUAUUUUUGUGACUUGCUCUUGCUAAUACACUGGAAGGUAUCUGAUUUAUUGUAUACGACAUUUUUCUUGCUGAGAGUAAUUAGAAUCUAUAUCUAACCAUGCUUCCAAAAGACAUUGUUUUGUGGAGGCUUUAGCAUAAACGGAACAAAUUUACCUU